AUGGCGCCCCUCGCCAGCGAACCGCGCCAGGUGCUGACAGUGCUGAACCUGGCCCGGCGCAAGGCCCUGUACACACUGCUGGUCGAAAUCACAGCCUUUAUGCGCUCCCAGCUCGAGGCAGCACGCGAGCUCUCCUCGGGAAGCCCGGGCGGCGACGCGGCAGCGCUCCUGCAAAUUGACCCUUCUGCCGAAAACAGCAUCGUCAUUCCCGCCACGACCGAAGCGGGGGAUGCCACGCCGGCCAGCCCCGCGCUCGUGCGCUUACGCGCCGCCGCCCUCGACGAUCUGGACGUUUGGCGCAAGGAUCUCCUAGCUACCCUACGGGAACUGCUCUCAACCCCCGAUGAUGUCGCGAUUCUCGACGCGCGUCGGAAACGGACUGACCGGAUUGCUCAGCAGCAGCAGCAGCAGCAGCGUCAGAAGCAGCAACAAGGGACGACGACGCUUCAGUCGCCUAAUCGAGGUAGCUCCUCCGCCGGAAAUGCGGCGGGCCUGUUCAGCGCUGCGAGAUUCGAUGGGGGGCCCGAGUCCGAGGGGCAGCCGGGCCGAGACCGAGAUGAGGAGGAGGAGGACCCCCGCGAGGCCGUGGCCCGUUUGCAGUCGCACUGGCAUCCCAUCCCCACGCGGCUGACGACGAUUUCUGAAGAGGACCGCCGCGAGGCCCUCAGCUGCGUGCUGCUGGUGUUGCUAGCCACGGGCCGGUAUUCAGCCCACUCCCGCGCUCUGGCCGUGUAUCUCACCUCGGCGCUUGAGUUGCCGCUGGCGAUCCUCGACACCGAGGAGGCUGAGAUUGCCGUGUCCCUUGUUGAACGGUCGGCUGAGGCUGAAAAGCAGCAGCAGCCUGGGCAGCAGCGGAGGACGACUGGCAUGUCCGCUGAGGCGGAAGCGGCCAAGCGGAAGCAGCAGAACCAGCAGAGCCGGUACUGGAAAGUCGGGUUGGCCUCGGUGGCUGGCGCGGCACUGAUAGGGGUAACCGGGGGUCUGGCGGCUCCUGUUGUCGCCGGCGCGAUUGGGGGUAUCAUGGGAUCGGUCGGCUUGGGUGGCGUUGCCUCUUUCUUGGGGAUCUUUUGGAUGAAUGGAGCGCUUGUAGGGACGCUGUUUGGUGCCUUUGGGGCAAGGAUGACUGGUGAAAUGGUGGACCAAUACGCCAAAGAAGUGGACAACUUCCGUUUCAUCCCUUUGAAAGACGAAUGGGGCACACGGCCAGCUAGCCAAAACGAUAGGCGCCUCCGAGUUACUAUCGGCAUCAACGGCUGGCUGAACACAAAGGACGACGUCACAAGGCCAUGGCGUGCUCUGGCCGAUGAUUCGGAAGCCUUCGCUCUCCAGUACGAGAUCAAGAGCUUGUUGGGACUGGGGAAAUCGCUGCGGGAACUUGUUUCUUCUUAUGCGUGGAAUACCGUCAAGAUGGAGAUCCUGAAAAGGACCGUCCUAGCCACCCUGUGGUCCGCCUUGUGGCCAGCCUACCUGUUGUCGAUGGCCUCCACCAUUGACAAUCCCUUUAACCUUGCCAAGAACAGAUCCGAGAAAGCCGGUGAAAUUCUUGCUGACGCACUCAUCAACAAGGUCCAAGGCGAGCGUCCCGUCACCCUGAUCGGCUACUCCCUCGGCGCGAGAGUGAUCUACUCGUGCUUGCGCUCUCUCGCCGCACGAAAAGCGUUCGGCCUGAUCGAUUCCGUUGUCUUCAUUGGUGCCCCCGUGCCGUCUAACAGGCAACACUGGCAGAUGAUCCGCACCGUGGUAUCGGGCAAACUAUUCAACGUGUACACCGAGAAUGAUUACCUCCUCGCUUUCCUGUACCGCGCCACCUCUGUCCAGCUCGGGGUUGCCGGCCUGCAGGCGAUCAGAGAUAUCGAAGGAGUCGAAAACCUCGAUCUUAGCGAGGAAGUUCAGGGGCAUAUGCGCUACGACAAGCUCAUCGGAAAAAUCUUGGCUAGAUGCGGCGUGCCGGUAGUACGGGGCGCGGACGGCCAGAUAGAGCAGGACGAAAGUGUCAUCCAACUCAGUGAUGAUUUGGAUAAGAACGAUGCGAAUCUCAUCGAACUGGAUAGCCUAGAUCUUGGAGAGGCUCCCCCCAAGAAGACGCAGUCUGUACCGUCAUCUGCGUCCGCGCCCAUACUUCCGCCUCGGCCAUCUGCUCCCCAGCAGGACCGAAAGCGGACAGUGGUGUCCCGGGUGGCCUCAUCUUCCGUACCGGCCAGCCAAGAUCUCUUAGGACUAGACCUCUCCGAGACACCCACCCCUAUCACAAAGCGGCCAGAACCGCCGGUGUCUACCACUCCUAGCGGAAGACCCGCCUCUUCUAUUUCCGCCCCCAUUGUACCGACAGGAUCCCGGAUCGAUGCCCCCACGAAGCCUGAGCUGACAUCCUCGCACCACCAGAGUGCGGUUAGCCACGCGCAUGACGAGAGUGACGAGAGCGAUGAGGAAAGCGGGAUGGGGAUUACGAUGGUGGACAAUGAUGGUGAUCUUGAGUAUUGCGAUCCCACGCCUCUGGAUGAUCGGGAUUGGAGGUAG